AUGGGUGCCGUAUUAAGUUUGCAAAGUGAUCGUGGCAAAGUUGUUAUCUAUCAAAAUUUUCGCCUAGGUGGAUUAUUCAACAAUCAUAACCAUCAUAAUAAUCAUCAUCCAAAUACAACCAAAACAUUCAAUGAUAAUUCAUUGAAUGGCUAUGAUAAUCAUCAAUAUGGUGGUACGAAAAAUCAUGGCCAACAACAGCAGCAUCACCAUCAUCAUUAUGGAUUGAAAAAAUCAUUGAAUUUCAUAUCAGCAUUACAUUUGGGCAAACAUUUUGGUUUUCAUCAAAAUGCUAACAGUGGUAAUACCAAAAACAACACCAAACAGCAAUUUAACAAAACAUCCACCAUAAAUAAUGGUAAAUGGAAAAAGAAUAAUCACCAUCAGUAUCAAUCGAUCAAUAAAAAUGACGGUGAUGGUGAUAAUGAUGAUAAUAAUAAUAAUAAUGUUGCUGAUAAGAAUUUAAUGAAAAUGCAAAAAUCAUUUUCAUGUUACAAUCUUAAAUCAGGUACAACAACCAACAAUAUUGAAUUGGUUAAAAAUGUUAAUAAAAAUUUAGAACCAGAUCAAGAUCAUGAUGAUGAUGAUGAUUAUGAUAAUCAUAAUGAACUACCGCAACAUGAUGAUAAAGUUGUUGCAAAGAAAAAAUGUUCCAUUAUAAUCGAUACAACACAUUUAGCAACAAAAACCAAAUCAUCAACAUUAUCAUCAGAUAAAAAUAAUAAAUCAAAGAUUAGUCCCAAGAUGACAACUACAACAUUUAUGAAUGGUCCACGAAAACCAAUAUUAUUAGCAACGGAACCGGUCAUUAUAAAAUCACCAACAAUACAUCAAGUUCAUCAACAUCGACAACAACAACAACAGCAAAAACAUCAACAACAUAAUCAUCCAAUCAUAACAACGGCUAAUUCAACAAAACCAAUCAUUUUUCUUAGUAAAAUCAACAAUAACCAUAACCAUAAUAAUAAUUCAAAAACAACAAAUCUAUUUAGUAUUCUACAACAACCACAACAUCAACAGCAACAACAAAUUUAUCCAAUGAUAAAUGGAUCAUUUCGGCGUCCAUCCGAUAUAAGUAUUAGUCGUUCAUCAUCAUUAUCAUCGAAUAAUCAGAAUCCGAGUAAUCAGAAUGAUUCAUUAUCAUCAUCGACAACAUUGUCUUCCAUUGAUGAAUCGAUAGCAAAUUUGGCCAGUAAAAAAACUAUUGCAAACACAACAGCAAAUCAUCAACAUCAACAGCAAAAACGAACAGUUAUCCAGGCAUCAACAUCCGAAUUAUUAAGAUGUUUAGGAGAAUUUUUAUGUCGUCGUUGUCGAAAAUUACAGCCAAGUGGUUUUCAACCGGGUGAUCCAAUUGUAUGGUUACGUACUGUUGAUCGUUCGUUGUUGCUGCAAGGAUGGCAGGAUAUGGCAUUCAUAAAUCCAGCAAAUGUUGUAUUUUUAUAUAUGUUAUUACGAGAAAUGGUAUCGGAAGAUAUUGAUAAUGAACAAGAAUUACAAGCAAUUGUAUUAACGUGCCUAUAUUUAAGCUAUUCGUAUAUGGGUAAUGAAAUAUCAUAUCCAUUAAAACCAUUUCUAAUUGAACAUUAUGAAACACGUGAACGUUUUUGGCAACGUACAUUACUUAUUAUUAAUAAUCAUAGUACAAAAAUGUUAAAAAUUAAUAGUGAACCAUCAUAUUUUACCGAAAUAUUUACCGAACUGAAAGGUUGUCAACAAAUAUUGAUUGGUAUUGAAUAUUCACCACCAAAACCAGUAUUAUCAUCAUCAUCAUCAUUGCAACAAAAACAACAACAACAAAAACCUGCCAUUCCAUUAAAGCCAAUCAUUUCAUCUGUUUCAACAUUUGUCAAUAAUAACAAUAAUAAUAAUAAUGACAAUGAUAAUGAUCAAAAUCUGAUAACAAAACGAAAUUAUAAUGGUACGAUAUUACCAUCAUCUUCAUCAUCAUCAUCAUCUUCAUCGUCAUCAUCGUCCUCGUCAUCAUCAUCAGUCAAUAAUAAUAAUAAUAAUAAUAAUAAUAAUAAUAACAAUUCAAUUGUAAUGCCAAAUUCAAAUGUGUUGAAUCCUGUUCCAGUUAUCAUUGCCAGUUAGAAAUUAGGAAAAUUGAAAAUUGAUUUUGUUUUUUGCUUUCUGUACAUACACCUUCUCCAUACCACACACAGACAAAAUGAACAAAACUUUUUUUUUUGGUUUUGCAGGUAGAACAUGCCAUAGAACAAAUUGA